AUGAACGCAAAUAUGCAAAAUCUUCUCUGUUGUCUUAUUUUCUUUUCAACGUUUCGAGGGAUCAAGGGAGACUUUGUUAAUAAUGGAGAACAGGAGAAUAUUGCAUCAGGACCACGGUCAUUUUGGGAUGAAAACAAUUUUGGAGAAAGUGUAAUUACAGAACAGGAUGAGUCUGAGGACGAUGAAGAUUUUGAUGAUUAUAGACUAAGGAAAAGUUCAGCGGAAAAUAUAAAAUUGUAUAAAGAAUUUUCAGAGGCACAGCGGAAAGUAAAUAAGUCCAAUGAGAUGGCAUUACGGAGCAAAUCCAGGGCAAGAAGGGAUGAUUCGGUGGAGGUACUCGAAUGUCUACAAUGUAACGGCUCAAACUCAGGUAUUAAUAUAAGUAUUGCUGAUGCAAACUGCUACAGUGGUAACAAUGUAUCGACGGUCGAAUGCGGUAUGGAAUACGGCACUCGAAAUCUUCAAGAAUGUUUUAUAGAACUUCAUCCUCUUUAUAUAAAGCGAGGUUGUCAUGAUCCUUAUAAACUCAAUGUAACAUUUUAUUGCAAAUGCACACUAUGUAACGAUAAACCUGGUGAAAAGCGCGAGUACUAUGUGUAUGAAAAUAUAAAGGAUUGGGCAUUUGACAACAAAAGACUGCAACAACCAAACUUGCCAGGUGUUAUUACAGCGUGUAAAUAUUGCAACACGACUGGUGCUGGUUACUUUCAAACUUGUUUGGACGGUACCAAUGUAGAGUAUACAAUUUGCGAUGAAGGACAAAUGUGUUUUACUCAUAUAGACAAGAUUAAAGGGUCAAUAAGUCGUGGAUGUGCUGAUAAACCAGCCUACAACUCUUUAUUCACAUUUUGCAACCAAAGCUACUGUAACGACAAAAACUAUUGGAAUUCUGAUGCAGCAUUUCAAUUUACGAAACCAAAGAACAGGACGCACUUGGUUUUAGAUCUUUCAGAUAUUUUAAUAUAUUCUAACACAGGAAGUAAAGUGAACGAAAUACUGUUUGUUGUACCUUUAAUAAACCUGUAUGUGAAUACUCCUUGAAAUAAUUACUUU